CCGCCCCCCCGUUGCCAUGGCCGGGCCCGUCCCCCGGCAACGCGGCGCCACGUGACCCCCGCCAUGGCCGCGCCGAGGGCAGGGGUUCCCGGCGCCCGGCUGUGCUGAGCUCUGCUCCCCAGCGCCUCUGGCUGCAGCUUCUUCCAUGGGCUCCCCAGUGUCCUUUGUGCUGUCCCGCAUGGCGGCCUGUGGGGGUGCAGGGGCCAAGAGCCGCCUGACAGUGCCGAAGCCGGUGUGGGACUUCCUGACGCAGCAGAGCCCGGGCAAGCUGGCGCGGCUGCGCGAGGCUACGCCCGUCAGCAUCCUCAUUGACGGUGAGACGGCUGAGCUUUAUGUGCUGCAGCUUACAGCGCCCGCACCUGCACCUGCCCAUGGCCUGUAUGCCGCCCGCAAGGCCCUUAAGGCCCUGCUCAAGGAGACCGAGAAGGAGCUCAAGAAAGCCCAGCGCCAGGCCGAGCUGGGUGGCUGCGUGGCCCUUCUGGGCUCCCGGGCACCGCGGGGGACAGCCGCGGGCGUGGGCACGGGCCCGGCGGCGGGGCAGGGCCCGGGUGGCUCCGGGGAGGAGGAGCCCGAGAGCCAGUGCCCAAUCUGCCUGGGCGAGAUCCAGAACCGCAAGACACUGGAGCAGUGCCGCCAUGCCUUCUGCGAGGGCUGCAUCACCCGUGCCCUGCAGGUCAAGCGGGCCUGCCCCAUGUGUGGGCGCUUCUAUGGGCGCCUGGUGGGCAACCAGCCUGAGAACGGGCGCAUGCUGGUGUCCAAGGACUCGGGGCUGCUGCUGCCCGGCUACGAGAAGUAUGGCACCAUCAUCAUCCAGUACGUCUUCCCGCCCGGCGUGCAGGGGGCGGAGCACCCCAACCCAGGCGUGCGGUACCCAGGCACCACACGUGUGGCCUACCUGCCCGACUGCCCCGAGGGCAACAAGGUGCUGGGGCUGUUCCGGAAGGCAUUCGACCAGCGCCUCACCUUCACCAUCGGCACCUCCAUGACCACAGGCCGCGCCAACGUCAUCACCUGGAAUGACAUCCACCACAAGACCAACUGUACCGGCGGGCCCCAGCUGUUCGGCUACCCCGACCCCACGUACCUCUCCCGGGUGCAGGAGGAGCUGCGGGCCAAGGGCAUCACUGAGGAUUGACUCCCCCGCAGGAUCCCUCCCGGCUUGCGGGGCACAGGGGGCAAGAGCCUGGGGGCAAGGGGCAUGUGUGUCUGCGUGCACACGGGGGCGAGGGGGGGAGCUGUGUGAACCAGGGCUGCGUGCAGUAGCGUGUGGGAAUCGGUGUGUCAAGCGGUGCGUAUGUGUUGUCCCAGGUGCCUGGGUGCUGUGUGUACACUUGUGUGUGUCUCAGAUGCCUGGGUUCUGUGUGCAUGUGAUCCUGGACUCCUGGGUUCUGUGUGCGCAUGUGGGUGUGCGUGUCAGACAUUUGGGUUUUGUGUGUGGGUGUUUGUGUGUGUGUGUCCCGGAUGCCUGGGUUCCAUGUGUGCCCACGCGUGUGCGAAUCAGCCCGCGUUGAGAGGCGGGGGGUAUGUGCAUGCCAGUGAGCUCUUGGCAGCAUGUGCCCCUGUGCGUGCAUGCGUGAAAGGAGCCGUGUGUGUGUGCGUGCAGAGCCCUGCCCCCGCUCCCCCAGCCCCAGGACAUCGCCCUCGCCAGACCCCCAUCGUCGCCGUGGCCUCGUGGCCUGGACGUGCCCCCCCAGUGGAUGGACAUGCCCCCCUGAACGGACAGACAGGGCCGGGCGGACAAAUGUGGGGGCCCCCCUUGUGUUGCUUGUGUCCCGCAUGCCGCCGUGGUGCGGGGGGAUCGUGUGUGCCCUGUGCUAGAGAUGACACAUAGACCCCUAGACCCUCACCCCCCGGCCCGGCUCCCUCCCCUUCUCCCUACCCAAACCCCCCCAUUUUGGGCCCAGUCAUGUCAGUUUUGGGGUUUUCCGGCCGUCCGAGGAGCUGGGGAUGCCCCCAAUAAACAUAUGCAACGUG